AUGCUCUUUUUCCAUUUUCUCCUCUCGGCUUCUCUCUACAUUCUGCUGUCCUUCCUUUUUACUUUUCCUCCUCCUUUCUAUUUGCUUUCUUUCAUUUUUUUUCUCCUCCUUCACUAUUUCUCUUUUUAUGACCCUUUUCCCCCUUUAUUCUCUUCCUAUCUCUUCUUUCUCAUUUUUCUUUCUUCUUUUACUCCAACUCUUUCUUACACUCCCCAGUUUACUUCUCCUCCUCUCUCAUAUUUUAGUUGCCUUUCUUGUUUCCCCUCCUCCACUAUUUUUACUUUUGUGACCCUUCUUCCCAGUAUUCUCUUCCCCCUCUCUCUCAAUAUUCUUUCUUCUUUUACUCCAUUUCUUACAAAUACCCCAGUUUACUUCUCCUCCUCUCUCAUAUUUUAUUCUCCUUUCUUUUUUCUUCUUCACAAUUUCUCUUUUGAGAUUCCUCUUCCUCUCAUUCUUUUCUUCCUUCUUAAUUCUCUUACUUCGUUUACUCCAACUCCUUCUUACUGCCAUCCUAGUUUACUUCUCCUCCUCCACCCCUCUCAUAUUUUAUUCUUUUCUCUUUUUUCUUCUUCUUACCAGCUUGCUUUUAUAGUUUUCCAUUCUUUACUUAAUCCUCUUUUUCUUCUCUUUUCCAAUUUUACUUUCUAUCAAUCACCCAACGCCUCCAUUCCUUUUUGUUUCCUUUCAUUCUUCAUCUUUUCUUUUGGCAUUCGCUUCUCUUUUCACUGCUGCUGCUGCUUCUACUCCUUGCUGCAGCGGACAUUAACUUGCACUGCAUUGUUGCCAUGGCAACAAAGCACCUGA